AUGGAUUCCCAACAAACACGGCCGUUCCGCAUUGUUAUUGCUGGGGCCGGCCUCGUGGGCUUGACUGCGGCACACAUUUUGCACCACGCCCACAUCGACUUUGUAAUCCUAGAGAAGCGGGGUGAUCCUGCCCCAAAAGUUGGCUCCGUCAUGACAAUCUGGCCGCAGACAUCCCGUAUAUUCCAACAGCUGCGUCUCAGUGAGGUUCUUGAUCCUCUCAUGGAGUCGUUACGGACCAGCAUGGUCAUCUCUGGGGAUGAUUCGCACACGAUUGAUGUCUCUGACUUUCCAUCUGUCCUUGAGAAACAUCACGGCUGGGGACUUCGUAUUCUACUCCGCACACAGUUGGUGGAAGCACUAUACACUAUGCUCCCUGAGGAAGCCAAGUCAAAGGUUCUCCUUGGGAAACAGGUUGAUAGUGUAUAUAUGGAUGAAUUCGGUGUUCAGGUGACCUGUCAGGACGGCCAUACGGAAAAGGGAGCCAUCCUCAUUGGUGCUGAUGGCGUUCGGAGCCGCACGCGCUUAUGUAUGGAGGCUCUGAGACAACAUAAAUCACCCCAUGAUCUGGAUGAGAGAUAUCAAAGCCCGUAUCGCUCGACCUACAGGGUUCUUGUCAGCCAAGUUGAGCCGUUGCCCGAUGCCCCUUCCCAUAUCAAAUGUGACGGCGUCAACUACGGCGCUGCAACGCAAUAUCUGCACGGAAAAAAGGUUUCCUGCUUCGCCAUCUACGAGAAGCUGGCGAAACCGUCUUCGAAACACCACCGCUACACGGACGAUGAUAAGCGUGAAAUGCUCAAGCGCUGGAGCCACCUGAUGGUCAUGCCAAACUACCCGGUUCAGGAUUUGAAAUUGACGGGCGGCAAUAUUGGGCUUUACGACUGCGAAGAGGGCUUCAUUUCCGACUGGUACCACGGUCGUAUUGUGCUAGUGGGUGAUGCGGUAAGGAAGCUUGAUCCCCGCACUGGCAUGGGAUACAAUGAGGGGGUGAUCGACCUUGUGGUGCUAAUCAACGGUAUCCGAGGGACAUCCGGAGUUCUUUCUCCGCGAAAGGUGGGCCCAACCAUUGCUUCACUUGGGAAGACCUUUCAAGAUUAUGAGAAGACGAGGACCAAGCAUGUGAGCACUGUAAUGGGGAUAUCAAAAACAUUCGCUCGGGCUUCGGCAUGGCUUUCGUGGAAAGACAUGGUUAUGGCCAGGUACUUGCAGCCAUAUUUGAGACUAACUGAUCUCUGUGUGGCAUUUAUUCUUGAUCCUAUGAUAAGGGCGUCACCCCUCCUGAACGGGACAAGAGAAAUCGGGCAGAUAGGUGAUUAA